AUGCUCGGCAUUGAAUUAAAGCUCAGCGAUACGUCCGUGUCCUCUCUCUGUAGCUCGCUCAAUGAGUUUCUGAGUCGCGAAUACGCGUCUGAUAUGGACUCAAGAGAGACACAGAUGCAUCAAAAGGCGCUAAGUCAAUUCAAACAGCUCAAGACCGACGUAGAUCUCGUGCGUACGCCCUCUGCUAUCUCUCGUCAUGUGUUGCUGCGUUAUUUUGCGCAAUUGGACAAGAUGACGCAGCGUUUUCCAUGCAAUGGUGAUGCAUCCUCUACACGGACGCCGUUGCAGCUUCAAUUUACGUGGACCGACUCGUUUUGUCCGCGGAAAAAGAGCACACAAGCAGGAAUUUCCUUUGAAAAAGCAGCCGUUAUGUUCAAUAUAGGGGCUUUAGAGAGUCAAUUAGGUGUCCAGACAGACCGUAGUACGGUUGAGGGACUUGAAGUAGCCUGUCAUCACUUUAUGAGAGCCGCCGGAGCUUUCAAAGAAGUGAAAGACAAGAUUAUCGAACAGACAUUAGGUAUUCGAACACCUGACAUGAGUGCUGAAGGACUAGGAUUGCUUACGUACUUGAUGCUGGCUCAAGCUCAGACGUGUUUCUAUGAAAAAGCUAUCAAAGUCCAAAUGAAGGACACGAUGAAAGCGAUGCUCGUGCAACAAGCACUGGACGAUUACGUCUCAGCACUGGAGUUCUGUCGCUCAUCGGCUUUGGCAGGAGCGAUUGACACGUCGUGGGGAGCACAUUUGCAGUUCCAAGUGCAUUGCAUGCGCGCGGCUACGCAAUAUUGGCAAGGAAUGGCGUCCAAAGCAAUAGCCCUCGAUGAGGGAGAAGGGUACGGUGAGGAGAUCGCGAGGCUUGUUGCCGCGGAUGCGGAAUGCAAUGAGGCAUUCAAAGUAGUGACACAGAUUAAAUUGCCCUCGUCGUUAUAUCAGCUUGCACAAGCGUUACAGCGCAGGGUGCAGAAACAUCUUGAUGUGGCGAAGUACAACAAUGCCAGCGUUUAUUUGGAGAACGUGCCAAAAUUUUCCGAACUAAUAGCGGUAGAAAAAGCUGCAAUGGUCAGACCGUUCACAUUGCAUGAGUUGCAGCAAGAACUUAUAGACGUUGAUCUGUUUAAGCAGUUUGUGCCGCUUAUCCGGGCUGGUGAUGUGAAACAAGAAAUUAAGUGA